AUGCCCACCAUUAGUGUCAAGCCUGAAUCUGGCCAGCAUCUCCAGGAGAUUGCUGAUGCCUUGGGCAAAUCUAAAAGAGUCGUCGUUAUCACGGGUGCUGGAAUAAGCACAAACUGUGGUAUACCGGAUUUUCGUUCGGAAGACGGUCUUUAUUCUCUGAUACAGGCACAAUAUGACAAAUCGUUGGAAAACCCUCCUUGGGAACAGGCAAAUACUUUCGAUAUCGAUGAUAGACCGAAGAAGAGAAAAAGGCCCUCGUAUUUCUAUGAAGUGGUCGCUCCGGAUGGAAAUGUCGUUGGAGUCAUUGAUGAUGAAGAUACACCAAAAUCUCCCAAGCAGUCGACGCCGGAAACCAAAUCUUCUGUAUUACUUGCAUCCAGUAGUCCUCUGAGUACCCGUUCAACAACGCCCUCUGUUGAUCUAUCCGACUUGGAUAAUUCGACUCAGCGAACUUUCCAAUCACACUCAUCUGCUGGUAGUAUCACUAGUGAGAGUGAACCUUCUGAGGAACAAUCACAGAACGCUGGCGAUGAAGUUAAAGUUGAAGCCAGUGAUCCAAACCCCGAAGCUUCGUGUAACAAUCCGAAUAUAACGAAUCGUGAAUGUGCUUCCGGAUCUCGAAGAUCUUCGCGAAGAGUCAUGCAUUCGAAAAAUCCGACGAAGGCAGACUCUGCUCCUUCGGAACCGUUCAGCCGCCAGAUAUCACGGUCGAGUACACCCAAUAGCAGAGGAACGUCAAGGGAACCACCUACCUCAAAUUGUAGGAGAAAACCUCUGCCUGGAACAAGACGUCACACUCUGCAGGCGGAGGAAUCAAGUUUCAUGAGCUCAACAUCGACAUCCGAUGACGAACUUCCAGCAACGCAAUCAUCGCAGUCUUCGCGUACAAGUCUGCCAAACAUGAAAGGCAGAGAUCUGUUUGACUCUAUGAUUUGGUCAGAUCCAUUCACAACUUCAAUCUUCUACAUGUUUAUAUCCUCGUUGCGUCAAAAGAUCCAGAAUGAAGUCAAAUCAACCACAGAAACUCAUGAUUUUAUCCGCGUCUUACGUGAUGGAGGUAGACUUGUCCGAAACUACACCCAAAAUAUCGACUGUCUGGAAGAACGUUUGGGGUUGUGUACGGAACUCACGCGUGGGCCGGGCAAUCGAACGCGUUUUCACUCGAAAUACCAAAAAGAGCCCCGACCGUGUAAUAUCGACGAGCAGUCUCCUCACAAUGGAGGAGUCGAAGUUGUCCUCCUCCACGGCAGCUUGGCUGAUCUCAGAUGUGGAAUAUGCGGUAAAUUAUCAAGUUGGAAGGAGGACGACCGAGAAGCUGCCACGCUUUCCGGGCAAGCACCCGACUGCCCGUCCUGUACAGAGUACAAUGCCAAGCGUACUGGAAGAGGAAGAAGGGGACUAGCAGUAGGGAGAUUACGGCCAGAUAUCGUCCUCUACGGCGAGGAACAUCCUCAUGCAAACUUGGUGGGCCCUUUGAUAACACAUGAUUUGAGUCUUGGCCCAGAUGUUCUGCUAAUCAUGGGAACGAGCUUGAGGGUACACGGAUUGAAGGUGAUGCUAAAAGAGUUUGCUAAAGCGGUACAUCUGCGUGGCGGCCAGGUCGUCUUUGUCAACAGAACCAAACCUUCUGAAAGCACUUGGGGAGACGUGAUUGACUACUGGGUAGAAUGGGAUUGUGAUUCCUGGGUGGUAGACUUGAAGCAGAGGAGGCAAGAUAUCUGGUUACCGCAAGGUACAGUCCAAGACAUCAAGCCCAAAAGAGAACCUGUCGCACCUAUGCGAAAGAAAGAACCAGUUGAGGCCGCACCGAAAGGAACAUCAGACGAAAAUCUUACAGCAAAUGGGAAGAAACGCAGGUGGCAGUGCCUUAGAGAUGACGACGCGAACGGAGCUAUCGUUACUCUCAAAAUAUUAGACACUCUGCGGCUGUUUCUGGAUUCUGGAGGCGCUAUUGCUAGACGUGGCCCCUACUUUAAAAAGCCUGACAAACCUGCAUCGCGGUGUUCGUUGCCAAUUCCUAAACCCACUAAGAGAGAGCCAGCGCCAAAACGAAGGACGAAAUCUUUGGCUAGGCUGAAUACAACCCCACUACCCUCCGGGGGUAUCAGAAAACGUCCAUCACUCCCCAGAAAACAACAUCUUGUACCUGCGGGGAUGGGAAGAGAGUCAAAUGAACACUCGAAGUUUCGCUUCCUUCAGAACAGACCUCGUCAAUCUGGCCCCGGUCCUCUUUCAGCUAUCUCACCAUUCAAAGCUCCAGAUCCGCGCAGUUUUCUCAGCAAGACACACUUCUUUUCUAAUUCCAACUCAAACCAUAUGCCGAAUAUCAUGAGCACGGCAGAGAUGAAUUUGCUGUCUCUUCCGCCCAGAGGUGUUGAUCCGCCAGCUCAUACUCCAAAGGAUGUUCCCAGACUUGAGGCCACCAUUGCGACCGCGAGUCAUGCCCACGAAAUACCCUCCAUACAGCCUUGUUCCCCUUCUGAGCCUCACGCUACUCAAACCCCCCAGAGUUCAGCGAUACCCCCGUUUUCCAGCUCAAGUUACAAUGAAGUUACUGUCGCCAAAACUCGCACUUACCGCACCCGCUCUUCAUCUCGCUAUUCAGCUUCUACCUUACAUGAAGUUCAAAGCGCUACGGCUCUCCCUAAUGUCGCUCGGCGCUGUUCAGCUGCUCAUAAUCAACUUGUCGACUCCAUUGACACUCUCAAACGAACUUUGCGAUCAAGCUCCAAUGGUAACGAUCAACAAACCCGGUCCAACUCAUGCGGGAAUAACCUGACCAGUAUACCAUUGCCCAUUCAAAAUAUCAGAGCUAAUUCAUCGCUGCCAUCUCCACCGCCCAGCGGACCUGCUAGUGAUCCCCUGACGCCGGAAUCUCGACAGGGAAUGAUCAAGCGAAAGAGCAGUAUUGAGAAUAUCCUCAGCAGCCCAGUCGAUGAGAACUUCCAUAGCCCUGUUGAUAAAAAUGAAGUUUGGCACGAUGCGAGGGAUGCUAUUGGGUCUUGA